AUGAAGCCAUUCCCAGAAGUUAAGAGCAACACGCCUCUAAUGAGGUUAAGACUACCCCGUACUCUCCGGUCAAGAUACACAUGGCGAUUAAUAGCCGUAAUCGUCAUUGUUUCUUGUUAUGUAUUCUCUCUACCUCCAUUUCCUCGACCGUUACCUAAUUACAGCGGUCCGUAUCCCGUCGGUGCAGUUGAUAUCGAGACACCCUUAGCAUCACCGCGCAUCAUCGAUACGGCGCGGUUUAAGGAAACAAAAGAGCACGCGUUUGAAGUUGAUACUGUAUUAUUCACGCUAUAUUAUCCAGCAAUCCACCAUGCCACUCAUCGUCAAGCGAAGCAUGACUGGAUUCCAAAACCGAUAUCCGUAACCGCUGAGGGUUACGCCAAGUUUGCGCAUAUUGACAAUUUUAUCAUGAACAAGGUCAUGACAGGAGUACUCAAAGCUCUUGUUGGACACAUUCAAAUUCCAGCUCAGGUUGACGUACCGUUAGCUGACCUUGUAUCCGCGGUGACGGCGAUACCGGAGACCCGGGAUAACAUGAAGGAGAUCGAGAAGGUCAUACAGAUCGGAAAAGGCGGGCAUCCGGUCAUUGUGUUUUCUCACGGCAUGGCAAGUAGUCGCACCGAUUAUACACACUAUGCUGGUGAGCUUGCAUCCCGAGGUUAUGUCGUUGCGCUGCUUGAGCAUAGGGACGGUUCAUGUCCCGGAUCCGUUAUCAUGGAAAGUGGGAAACCGGAUCACAUAAAGCUUACCUUCAACGUUCCGGAAGUAGAGACAUCUAGCGGAAAGGAGUUGACGGUAGACGAAUUCAAACGAGCACAGCUCGACUUUCGAGAGGCGGAGAUCGAGGAAACCGUGAGAGUCCUAAAGUUAAUCAAUGAAGGACAGGGGAAGGAGGUGUUCAAAUCAAAUAUGCGGGAUGAAGGCGUCGAUUUCGUAAACUGGAAAGGCCGUCUCAACACAGACGAUAUGAUAGUCGCAGGCCAUAGCUACGGCGCUACCGGCGCCAUGCAAGCCCUACGAGGCGGUCCCAGCGCGGAGCGUCCAUUCAAAGGCGCCAUUAUCCUAGAUCCGGGCAAGCAGAGCGGCCAGCUAAACGACGACAUCCGGGUACCGGUCCUCGUUAUUCACAGCAACUCGUGGAGCAGCAAGUACAGCCUAUUCUACGGGCGCGCGCACUUCGAUACAGUCCGGGAUAUCGUCGAAAACAACGUGCUGCGCGGAAUGCCGUCGUGGUUCGCAACAUCGCUUGGGACGUCGCAUCCGUCGGUCACGGAUGCGCCGCUGUUGGAGCCGUUGCUGCUUAGUUGGACGACUGGCGCGCGGAUCAACGUGUAUGAGGGGUUGAGGGAGUAUGUGCAUGUAUCUGAAGAUUUUCUAUGGUUCUUGUCUACGGGCGAAGAGCGAGGUUUGCUAAAGGAGAAGCCUGAGUUUCCGCAGUAUGAUGAGGGGAAGGGGUUUGGAGUGUGGAAGCCGGCGCAGGGUGAGAAUGAGAAGACCAUGGGGGCUUGGUUUGACUGGAGGAGGUAUUGGCAGGUUCAUGUUUCGCCAAAUUAA